CGACAACAUCAGCUUUUGUGGCUAUUAUGUCUCAUUGUUUAUAUUCAAGCGAUUUAUAUUAAUGAAGUUAUUUUAACUAAAUUAGCUUAUUAACAACAUCUAAUAUAAAAGUUGAUUUUUAAAGCUUAAUUUUAGUUUCUUAUGCUUAAAUUAACCCAAUUAAGAAACGGAUAAAAAUGGAAGGAAUUGUUUGUGUACAUUGUGGAGCGAAUAAUUCAUCUAUAUAUAAACAAUUUAGCAAUGAAAUAAUAAAAUUAACUAAAUGUGAAAAAUGUGAUAAUUUUGUUGAUGAAUAUGUGGAAACAGAAUAUUCUAUCAUUGUUAUAGACAUGUUAUUGCUCAGAAAAGAAGCAUUAAGACAUGUGCUUUUCAACUCAAACUUAAAAGUUGCAUGGAAACUUAUUGUCCUGUAUAUAUUAUGUGAUGCAUAUGAAAAAAUGGCAUCUCAGAAACAUUUCUGGAACAAGUCAUACAAAUCUGACAUAUUUAUCAAUGAAUUGGAAUUGAAUUUCUAUUUUAUGUGCAUAAAAUCUUUUCUAGAAUAUUUCAUCUUUGCAACUCUCACUGUUGUGAUUUUGUACCAUAGUCAAGAAAAGGGUGCAAAACGGUUUUCUUCAAAGAAUUUGUUUAACAGCAUUGUCCUUGCCAGUUAUGGAAAGUUGUUCAUGCUUCCUGUUUUAGUAUGGAGUAAAGAUGAUGAAUACUGUGAAAUUUUGAUCAUAUUAUUUAUAUUUCUUUCACAACUUCAGGUCAUUCGAGUGACAACAAAGCUCUCUAAUCUGUUCAUAGCCAUCAUUCUGAUAGUAAUUUCAGAAAUAGGCUAUCUACUUCUCCAGUACAUAAUAUAAGUGAUGCAAAAUUUGAUUAAAGCAACUAUCUGUGAUACUGAUACUAUUUUGCUGACAUUGAUAUAAGCAGAAAUUUGUAUAUUAUUUUUGUUGUAUUUUUUUAAUAAAACUGCAUU